GCUAUUGGGGUUAAAAAGUAGAAAGUUUUAGGUUUUUUUUUUCUUUCGCUUUCUCUCUCCUGUAAAAAAAUAUUGUACUCCGUUUAUGUUAGGGUUGAAGGAACAUAUGAUCUGAGUUCGUAGUUGGGGUUUAACAACUUAACUCAAGGUCAAGGUGCACUUGAGUUGACAUUCUCUAGUUAUACCAAUAUGUCGCUUCGUUCCCUCCGAAGAUACUUCGCCACCGUUCGCCAUUUCUCUACAGAACCAGCAAGAAGAGCCGCCGCCAACCCCGGCGCCGGUGCAGACACGCUGGGACGUAGACUUUUAAGCCUCGUAUACCCUAAACGCAGCGCCGUUAUCGCCAUCAAUAAAUGGAAGGAAGAAGGUCACGUGCUCCCUCGCAAGUACCAGCUCAAUCGCAUGAUUCGUGAGCUUCGUAAGAACAAGCGCUACAAACACGCGCUCGAGGUAUGCGAAUGGAUGAAAUUGCAAAAUGAUAUCAAACUAGUGGAAGGAGACUAUGCUGUUCACUUGGACUUGAUAACCAAAGUUCGUGGUUUAAACAGUGCAGAAAAAUUCUUUGAGGAUCUUCCUGAUAAGAUGAGAGGCCAACCAACCUGCACUGCCCUUCUUCACGCAUAUGUACAAAAUAAUUUGGCUGACAAAGCAGAGGCCAUCAUGUUGAAAAUGUCGGAAUGUGGUUUCUUGCAAAGUCCUAUUCCUUAUAAUCGCAUGAUGUCUCUCUACAUAUCAAAUGGGAAGCUAGAAAAGGUUCCUAAACUUUUUGAGGAACUAAAGAUGAACACUUCACCAGAUAUUGUUACCUUCAAUUUAUUGUUAACUGCUUGUGCCUCGGUAAAUGAUGUUGAGACUGCAGAAAGAGUACUACUUGAGUUAAAGAAGGCGAAAGUAGACCCGGACUGGGUAACAUUUAGUACAUUGACCAAUUUGUACAUAAGAAAUGCUAGCAUAAAGGAUGAUUGCCUUGAAAAAGCAGCAUCUACUUUGAAAGAGAUGGAGAAGAGAACCUGUCGGAAAACUCGAGUUGCAUAUUCCUCUCUCUUGAGUUUGCAUACAAACAUGGGGAAUGUGGAUGAAGUUAAUCGGAUAUGGAAUAAAAUGAAGGGUUGCUUUCGCAAAAUGAAUGACGAGGAAUACAUUUGCAUGAUAUCAUCGCUUUUGAAGCUUGGAGACUUUGCCGGAGUUGAGAACCUCUAUAAAGAGUGGGAAUCUGUGUCCGGUACCAAUGAUGUCAGAGUUUCAAAUUUACUUCUUACUUCAUAUGUUGAUCGAGGCCUGAUGGAAAUGGCUGAAAUUUUUUGUAAUCAGUUAGAGCAAAAGGGUGUCUCUCUUUCUUACACUACAUGGGAAGUAUUUACAAUGGGGUAUUUGAAAAAGAAGGACGUAAACAAAUUUCUGUAUUAUUUUAGGAAAGCUAUUUCUAGUGUGAAAAAAUGGAUUCCCAAUGACAUGUUAGUACAAGAAGCAUUCACGGUCAUCCAGGAGCAAUCUCAUAUUGAAGGAGCAGAACAAUUGUUGGCUAUCCUUCGGGAUGCUGGACAUGUGAAUACAAAUGUAUAUAACUUAUUUCUGAAAACUUAUGCAGCAGCUGGUAAAAUGCCUCUCAUUGUCACUGAGAGGAUGAAAAAGGACAAUGUUCAGUUGGAUGAAGAGACACAUAGGCUCUUGGAUCUAACCAGUAAAAUGUGUGUGGGAGAUGUUUCGGGGUUUCUGUCCUAACCACACAUUGAAGGAGUCUUAAGAUAAACUGGAGGCUGAAAUGUUUUUUGGCUGCAGUUUUAUGUACUGACCAAUCUCAUUUCUGUCCUAAGCACUCAUUGAAGGAGUGUUAAAAUAAAUUGGGAGGCAUAAAUGUUUUUGGCUUCAAUUUUAUGCUGUAUCCAUCCCUACAAUAAUUGGAUCAUUAGUAUUUGUGAAUGUAAUAUUUUUUGCAAUGCUACUGAUUUUGAAGUCAAGUACUGAACCUUGAUUUUAGAGGCAAAAUCAGAUGAACUCCUCGCCUCUAUACUUCAAUUUAUUCCUGAUGACAUGUUGUCGGCUUGUUAUGAUUGUUUUCUUCCUGAGUUGGUUCUUUGAGGGGCUAUAGUCCAACUUGUCACAAAUUCACAAUUUCAUUGCCCUGGUUUGAUCUACUUAUGGACAAGCCGCUGCUGAUCUUGAUGCCAACCAGUAAGCUUCCGAAAUUUGUGGAAAUUGGUUAAGUUUCUACUUCUCAUUGAUUCUCUAACAUGGUGGAGGAAAUGCUGUUUCCCAAUCCACUUUCAACAUAUGAUUUUCCAGUUCAUUUCCUUAUGUAACUACAGGUUUUUUUUCAGAGAAUCAGUAGUGUUGUAAUUACUUGCAUGACCGCCUACCCCAUUUAAGAUGGGAGUGUUGUCGACCUAAAUAUCGAGUCUGAAUGUGUGGUGCUAUCUAAGGUGAGGGAGGAUAAAAGUCCCUCACCUGUGAAGCACGGCAUAGGUAUACCAUAUAUAGCCAUUAGAUGAUAAAAUAUUAGGCACUCCAAGUCUUUUACAUAAUACUUCUGAUGAGAGAUUUGCAAAGAAGUUCAUUUCACCCGAACAUCAAAGUCACAGUGUGAAUGGUAUAAAUUCAAAAACAAGAACCCUAGCCAUCAUGAAAUACGCCAUCAAUGAUAGAUCUGUUGCACAUUGUCAUCAGUGUACCUAGCUAUGUGGUAAAGCAGUUCUGCCAAAGCCACCAAAUUCACCAGUUAAUGUUGAAGGAAUCAUUAUUAUUACACAGCAGUUACAUUGGAUUCACCUGUUGAAGAACCAUUGGCGACAAGAUUUUAAAAAUUCUGAUUUGCAGUGCUGUUCACUUUGAUCACAAUAAUUCCAUAAUCCGUUCUGAUAACCAUAAUGACAACUUGUAAGAUUUGGGAUAUGAUUGUUUCUACUCUUUUGAAGACCCUCAUGUUGUAUCCUUCCCCGAGUUCUCCAAUGUAUGACAUGUUCAUAGUCGUUGCCACUGUGAACCCUUGCGAGUUUCUUUUUAUUUAUUUUGUUGUUGAAAACCAAUGCAUUAUGUUUGGUUUAUAUGACAUAGCAUUUUCGUGACAAGGAGUUAUCUGUAAGUCUGUUCUGUUGACAUUUUUUGGGAUGACAAUCAUAUACCUUUCCUCUACAUAAAAAGACCUAUCUGUGUAAUCUAAGUUUUCUCUUAAUUUAAUCAAUUCAGUAGGUGGUUUGACCCACUUGCUUUUUCUGUGAUUGAAUAGAGAAGUUUCUAUUGGUAAAA